UAAAAAUGGUAAACGCAAACUUAGAUGCCAGCAGGGACAGAGUUGUACGGAACGCGACAAGUGCAUUUUAUGUGCCCGAGGAAGUUUGUUCGCUAGAUAAAGGGAGUUGUCCCUAGCUUGUGUCGCAUUGUCACUGUGGUCCACUGUAGCAAUUUAUCAGAGACAUGGAAGGUCAGUUGUUGGUAUUUUGGGAGCCGACACUCGCACUUGCUCCCUACGUACCGUUCCCUUUUUGGCAUACCGCUUAUGUGGGUUAGGGCAGAGGGGCUGUCUAGACCUACCGACCAGUGAGUUAGGCCGACGGUUAUUAAUGCCGUUGACGAAGCCGGGUGGGUCGGGAGUCAGGACCUGCAGGAAUUCUCAUGUUAACCCUCUCGCACGGUAGACGUUAGAGCUACAUUUGCACAACAUAAGCUGAAGUCUUCACAGAAAGACAAGGUCCGCCAGUUCAUGUCCUUUACUCAAGCCGGGGAGAGGACGGCUGUCUACUGCCUCUCGCAAAAUGACUGGAAACUAGAGGUGGCGACAGACAACUACUUCCAGAACCCAGAUCUCUACUACAAGGAAUCCAUGAAAAGCACAGUGGACCGAAAGAAGCUGGAUCAGCUGUAUAACCGAUACAAAGACCCACAUGAUGAAAAUAAAAUCGGAAUUGAUGGCAUCCAGCAGUUCUGUGAUGACCUCACUCUGGACCCGGCCAGCAUGAGCAUUUUGGUAGUGGCCUGGAAGUUCCGGGCAGCCACCCAGUGUGAAUUCAGCCGGAAAGAGUUCCUGGAUGGCAUGGCCGAGCUUGGUUGUGACAGUCCUGAGAAGCUGAAGGCCAUCUUACCCCGACUAGAACAGGAGCUCAAGGACUCGGGCAAGUUUAAGGACUUUUACCAGUUUACCUUCAACUUUGCCAAGAACCCAGGCCAGAAGGGUUUAGAUUUAGAGAUGGCGGUGGCUUAUUGGAACCUGGUGCUGACGGGCAGGUUCAAGUUCCUGGACCUCUGGAACAGGUUUCUACUGGAACAUCACAAACGAUCUAUCCCAAAAGACACAUGGAAUCUCCUUCUAGACUUUGGGAAUAUGAUUGCAGAUGAUAUGUCCAACUAUGAUGAAGAAGGAGCGUGGCCGGUGCUUAUAGAUGACUUUGUGGAAUUUGCUCGGCCAAUUGUUACAGCAGGCAAGCGCAAAAAUGUAUAAUCACCAUCUACCUCUUGGAGAGGGAAGUGGCAUCUUAUAUCAGACAUUUUUUAUUAAAAGUAAGGAAAAGGAAACACAAAAAAUAUAAGAGACUUGUAAGUUGCAAGUCUGUGUUAACAAACUUGGAUUCAAGAACAAUUGUAUAACUGGUCAGACCUUAUCAGGAAUGAGUGAGAUUGCAUCAAGCACUUUCGCCACCAUGGGGCGACAGCGAGUCAGCUCCAAGUCAUCAGGCUGGAGGAAACCCCGCCUUCCAUCUCGAGUCGCCCUAGCCUCAAGGUCAUUUCGGCAAUGGACAUCAUAACCCUGCCUUCAGUCACCCAACAUAUCGCAGCCGGGCAGCAACGGGUGUUCUAUAAGUGUUGACAGCAUAUCAACUCCGAAGGAUGGAGCCCACGAAUGGGUGUAUUGUAGGAUAAUAGAUUGUGCAUGUUAUUUGUGAUUGGUGCACAGUAUUAAUCUGUGUAAAGCAAACGGAAAGAACGAAGAAAUCAGACAUCUGUAUCUGUCAAGCAGUGUCGUGUACAUUCCCCUACAGUGGCACUGCGUGUUACGAACAAAUUUCUAAGUGUAAAGUUCGGAUCUGUUGUGUACAGCAGUGUAAGAACUAAUCUGAGAAAUGAGAUCCAGUUUCGUCAAGCAACAGUCAGAAAACAACAUGCAGCAAUGCUCAGAACACCAGCAGAAGUGAUAUUGCUACAGUUGUAAUAUACUGUAUGUAAUAGAGAUAUGUAAAGACAUAUUGCUACAAAAGCAUAUAGAUACGUGACAUUUAUUAAUGUGAUGAAAGUAUUUGGACUAAUCUGUAUCCAAAGCUUGUGCUUUUUCAUUUGAGAAGUCUAACCUUUGUUUUUAACUUUGUUUUAGAGUCUUUUCUUAGCAAAAUUCUUUUUUUUUUUUCUUCCAGGUUUCAAAUUUAUUCACACAGCUCUUAGUUGUUGUUAUACCAUACUUAUCACACACCUUGCAAAAUAUGCAUGUUUCAACACAACAAAAAAAGGCAAAACAUUUAAUGUUAAUUAGGAAUUGGUCCCAUUUGAAAUUUUCAGACUCCUUUAAAAACACUAUUAUAGAGAUUUUGAGAGAGGAUUUUGUUUCAGUGAAUAUUAUUUGUCAGUAAUUUGUCCCCCAGACUCCUGAAUCUGCAAACACUAGCACACUACAGUUCAUUAUCUAGAAGGCUUUUCUUGUGUCCUUUUUGAUUGUAUUUAUUGCUUUUUUUAUUUGCUAAAUUCUGGACAAGGUGCUAUGGUGUUCUGGAUCUCCUCACUUAAUUGUUACAGAUUGCCAAUGUUGUCCAGCUCAGUGUGUCGGACAUUCAUUUCCAUGUGAAGGAAGCAAGCCUCUGUGUGGUGAUGUCCUCAUAUGCUCCAUCUUGCAGAGUGUCAUGUGUUUUGACCAUUGAGAAGUGGGUAGUCAAGUUCAGCUCAUCAGUCAGUAUUACCACUCAUGUAAAUAAAGAUUAUUUAAAUAAAAAAAGCUUUUCUCCAUUGUUAAACUAGAACCCAUUUGUUUGAUUGUGGUGUAUGGAAGGUGUUAAAUAAAGCAUGUUUUUUAACAAA